AUGGUUCGCAUCGUCCCCUUCACUGUUACCACCAUGCUCUUCGCCAGCAGCGUGGCGAUCUGCACGAGAAACGGUCUCACGCAGAUGUUGACCCACGUCAAACGUCACCCAAGCUACACGCAGACUGAGUUCUGGGACUACUGGUACACCCAGCAUGCGCCUAAGGUCGCUCCCUUGGCGUCCUACUUCAACAUCUCGCGUUACCAACAGGUUCGUGAUUCACUUUUCACCAUCCACUAUCCCAUCUGGGUCACGUCUUGGACAAUCGCUUACCCGUCGCAGGUCCGCAUUGGAGGUCUUGUGCUCCCUACCGAGGCCGGUGCAACUGAGCCGGCCUCUGAUGUUCCUGUCGAGUUCGAUGGAGUUGCGAUGUUUCUCUACCGCUCUCCUGACGAUCUCGCUGCUAUGAUCUCUCACCCGUACUACACUGAGGUGGUUCUUCCUGAUGAAGGCGUCUUCAUUGACAAGUCUGCCUUUGGUGGCGGUCAGGUCGCUUCCUUCGUGGGCGCUCACUUUGAGGUGGUGGAUGACAAGAAGGAUGUCUGGAUUGGUAGCGAUGCAGACAGGGAGAAGUACCAGCAGCUGUUCGAUUCCUACAACUAA